AUGAUCACGACGACUUAUGUUGAUCAUGUUUUGAGAGAAGGGAAAGAUAUUGGGUUAAGGAAACGAGAGAGGAAGCUUUACACUAAUAACCAAAGUCACGUGUUCGAUUAUUCUUCCUGGUCGAAAGGAAGAUGGAGCAGCGUUCCUUUCGAUCAUCCGGCAACGUUCGAGACUUUGGCAAUGGAUCCGGAGAAGAAAGAAGCGAUCAAGAAAGAUUUGAUUAGGUUUAGUAAAGCGAAAGACUACUACAGGAAAGUUGGCAAGGCGUGGAAGCGAGGUUAUCUCUUGUUUGGACCGCCCGGGACAGGAAAAUCUACGAUGAUUGCUGCGAUGGCUAAUUUCAUGAAUUAUGAUGUGUAUGAACUUGAACUGACGAUUGUGAAAGAUAACUCGGACUUGAAGAAACUAAUGUUGGAAACAAAAGGGAAGUCGAUUUUUGUGGUUGAAGAUAUUGACUGCUCGCUUGAUCUUACGGGACAGAGGAAGAAGAAAAAAGAUGAGGAUGAGGAUGAUGAUGAUGAUGAUGAAGAAGAAGAAGAGGAUGCUUCUAAGAAGAAGUGGAAGAGGGAGAGCACGGUUACUUUGUCAGGGUUAUUAAACGCCAUUGAUGGGUUAUGGUCAUCUUGUAGUGGUGAGAUGAUCAUAGUGUUCACAACGAAUUUUGUGGAUGAUCUUGAUCCUGCAUUGAUACGCAGAGGAAGAAUGGACAACCACAUUGAAAUGUCUUAUUGUAGGUUUGAAGCGUUUAAGGUUUUGGCCAAGAACUACUUGGAGAUUGAGUCACAUGAUUUGUAUGGAGAAAUUGAAAGAAUGGUGGAGGAAACCGACAUGUCUCCGGCUGAUGUUGCUGAGAACUUGAUGCCAAAAUCUGAAGAAGAAGACGCAGAUAUUUGCCUUAAGCGUUUGGUUAAGUCUUUGGAGGAAGAGAAGGUGAAGGCGAGGAAAUUAGCUGAGGAAAAUAUAAAGAAGAAAGCAGAGAGGGAAGCGAGGAGGAAGAAAAAGAAAGCAGAGAGGGAAGCCAAGAGGAAGAAAAAGAAAGCUGAUGAAGAAGAUACAAAUAAGGAGGAAAGCGAUGAAGAAGGAGAAGAAAGCUGA